AUGUUCUAAGGCGGUCAACAUCAAAUUAUGGUUUUAAACCAAAACACUAAGAGAGAAAGUGGUAAGAAGGCUCAAUUAGCUAACAUUAGCGCUUCCAAGGCUGUCUCUGAAAUCGUAACUUCUACUUUAGGCCCUCGUUCUAUGCUUAAGAUGUUACUUGACCCUAUGGGAGGUAUUGUUAUGACUAAUGACGGUAACGCUAUCUUGAGAGAAAUCGAUGUUAAUCACCCUGCUGCUAAGUCCAUGAUUGAAUUGGCUAGAGUCCAAGACGAAGAAGUUGGUGAUGGUACUACUUCAGUUAUCAUUAUGGCUGGUGAAAUGAUGUCUGCUGCCAAGCCCUUCAUUGAAAGAGAUAUUCACCCUUCCAUUAUUGUCUCUUCUUACUACAGAGCUUUGGAAGAAUCUAUUAAAAAGAUUGAAGAACUUGCCGUUCCCAUUGAUGUCAAUGAUGACGAUAAGGUCAACAAGGCUUUAUCUUGCUGUAUUGGUACCAAAUUCACUUCUAGAUGGGGUAAAUUGAUUUCCGACUUAGCUCUCAAGGCUGUUAAAACUAUCAUGAGAGGUGGUAAUCUCUAAAAACUCAAUCUUGAAAUCAAGAGAUACGCCAAGGUUGAAAAGAUCCCCGGUGGUACUUUGGAAGACAGUGUUGUUUUGGAUGGUGUUAUGUUCAACAAGGAUAUUACUCACCCCAAGAUGAGAAGAUAAAUUAAAAAUCCCAGAGUCAUUUUACUUGACUGCCCUCUUGAAUAUAAGAAAGGUGAAUCUAUGACCAACCUUGAAAUGAUGAAGGAAUCUGAUAUGACUGAUGCCUUACAAUAAGAAAUGGAAGAAUUAGCUUUAAUGUGCAACGAUAUUUUAAAACACAAGCCCGAUGUCGUUAUUACCGAAAAGGGUGUUAGUGACUUAGCUCAACAUUAUUUAUUAAAGUAAAACGUCUCUGUUAUCAGAAGAGUUAGAAAGACCGAUAAUAAUAGAAUUUCCAGAGUUUCUGGUGCUACUAUUGUCAACAGACCUGAAGAAAUUCAAGAAUCUGAUGUUGGUAAAAAGUGUGGUAUGUUCGAAGUUAAGUUAAUUGGUGAUGAAUACUUCACUUUUAUGACUGAAUGUGAAAAUCCUGAAGCUUGCUCUAUUAUUUUAAGAGGUGCUUCUAAGGAUGUCCUCAACGAAAUGGAAAGAAAUCUCCACGAUUGCUUGGCUGUUGCUAAGAACAUUUUUGUUAAUCCUAAGCUUGUUCCUGGUGGUGGUGCUAUUGAAAUGGAAGUCUCUUCUCACUUAGAAAAGAUCUCUACUUCUAUUGAAGGUCUUCACCAACUUCCUUUCAGAGCAGUUGCUUACGCUUUAGAAGCUAUUCCUAAGACCUUGGCUCAAAACUGUGGUGUUGAUGUUGUUAGAACCAUCACUGAAUUGAGAGCUAAGCAUAAUUAAGAAGGAAAUAAAUUUAUUGGUAUUGAAGGUAAUACUGGUAAAAUUACUGAUAUGGCUGAAGCUAAUGUUUGGGAACCUGUUUCUGUCAAGCUCUAAGUUUAUAAGACUGCCAUUGAAUCCGCUUGUAUGCUUCUCCGUAUAGAUGAUGUUGUUUCUGGUCUUAAGAAGCAUAAGGUUGCCAAGGGUGGUGCCUCCGUUACUGAUGCUUAAGGUCAAGAAAUCCCUGAAACCUUCGGUGAUGCCAGAGAUGGUUGA